ACAUGGCGGACGUUGGAGAGAAAUGUCAAGGAACUGUAGUUCCAAGGAAAGACUUUGGAGAUGCCCAGGCAGCACAAGCUGCAGCUGUGUUUCGCAAAGCAAUGAAAGGAUUGGGCACCAAUGAGGCUCACAUAAUUGACAUCCUCGCAAGCCAUACAAAUCAACAGCUGCAGGCUAUAUGGAUGGCCUAUAAAAAGGCCAAUGGCAGAGACUUGUUGGCCGAUAUCCGUGGUGACCUAAGUGGUGACUUCUUGAAGCUGGCGGAAGCAUUAUUGAAGGAGAGAAAGCAAUAUGAUGCAGAAUCUCUCAAAGCAGCCAUGGAGGGACUUGGGACAGAUGAAGAUACACUGAUAGAAAUUGUUUGCACAAGAAGCAACAAGGAGCUGAUGGACAUUAAGACCAAAUAUCAUUCAUUGUACUAUGCAAAUUUGGAGGACAAUAUCUCAAGCGAUACCCAUGGCAAUUUCACCAAGGUCUUGAACGGGAUCUGUGCAGCAACAAGAGACGAAGGGACCACUGUCGACAAGGAGCAAUGCAAGCGUGAUGCACAGGCACUCUAUGAUGCCGGAGAGAAAAAGCUUGGUACAGAUGAAUCCGUUUUCAACAGGCUGUUUGUGACAAAGAACGUGCAUCAUCUCCGUCAGGUGUUUGACUUUUACAAGGAGAUAGCAGGGAAAGACAUCACUGAGUCCAUUGAUUCAGAAACCAGUGGUGAUUACAGGGAUGUGCUGCAGAAUUUAGUCCGCAUCGUGAGAAACCGUCCUGAGUACUUUGCUGACAAGUUGCACAAGAGUAUGAAAGGCGUUGGUACGAAUGAUACGGCUCUGAUCAGGCUGGUGGUUACAAGAUGUGAGGUCGAUAUGGUCCUGAUCAUGGAGCAGUUCCAAAAGAAGUAUGGCAAGAGUCUGUCAGACUGGAUCAGGGACGACACCAGUGGUGACUACAGGAGGGUCUUGCUAAGGCUUGUUGGCCUCACUCCUGAGGAAAUUGACCCAAAGAAGCCGGUGACAUACUUGUUAGAUCGUCUGCCUGUUUGUGCGAUCAAGAAGAAAACUGCCAAAAUGCCCAAGUUCCAGGCGAUUAAAAUUCGGGCGUCCGGAACUGUUUGCCCCAACCCUCACUUCAAUCCUGAAGAUGCCGCGGCCAAACUCAGGAAGGCCAUGAAGGGACUUGGAACGGAUGAGGAUGCUAUCAUCGACGUUCUUGCAGCCCAUGACAAUGCCCAGCGACGAGAGAUUGCCAAGAAGUUUCAGGUCAUGUACGGAAAGGACCUGGUCGACAACAUCAAGAGUGAAGUAAGCGGGAACUUCAAGGACCUGUGUACUGCCUUGCUCAAGGAGCCUCUUAUGUACGAGGUCGAACUCGUCCAUGAUGCCAUGGCCGGACUUGGUACAGAUGAGCGCGACCUGAUUGACAUCAUUUGUACAAAGAACAACCAUGAAAUCAAAACUCUGAAGGACAAGUACAAAGAGAAAUAUCGCAAAAAUAUCGAGGAUGAUAUCAAGGGCGACACUAGCGGCUAUUUUAGACGCGUUCUCAUCGCGCUGCUUGCCGCCUCCAGGGACGAGGGCUGCAGUGUCAACAAGGCCCAAGUGAAGGGCGAUGCUGAGGACUUCCACAAAGCUGGUAAGGGACUUGGAACAGAUGAGGUCAAAUACAACCAGAUUCUCUGCUCAAGGAGCUUCAACCAUCUCCGAGAGAUGUUCGAUGAGUACAAGCGACUGACCGGCAAAGAUAUUGAACACUCAAUCAAGUCGGAAACAAGCGGAGAUUAUGAAGAUUCACUCUUGGCUGUCGUGAAAUGCAUCAAGAACAAACCCCGUUAUUUUGCCGAGCGUCUGGCAAAGAGUAUGGAAGGUUUGGGAACCAAAGAUAACGAUCUGAUUCGUGUCAUGGUCUGCAGGAGCGAGAUUGACUUGGCCGACAUCCGAGCGGAAUUUUACCAGUUAAAGAAGAAGAACCUUGAAGAUUGGAUCAAGGGGGACUGCAGCGGAGACUACAAGAAGUUGCUGCUGAAGAUUCUGGGAACGCCAUGCUAGAAGUGGUGGCAGCAUUCGGUGCAAUUGAACAACAGAAUUUGAAAGAAAAAUCGGGUUGUGAAUGAGAACUUGGCUGUUCCUGAAUGGUGGUAGAGCUGUCUUCAAGUCUUUCGCUACCGGGCCCACAGUAAUUCACACUGCUAAAGUUUCCCCAAUUUCUCUCGUUCACCACAGUCCCUAUAAGUUUUUGGUUGGUCACACAUGAAGAAACGAAAUGGCAGUUAACUGCACUCAAUUCAAUGCACACCUUGUCCCAAGGAUUGAGUAAUGCUAGCUAUUUUACAAUGAAACUAACUUUUUUCUCAGCCAAGUUGGGAUCCAGGCCGCCCGGUCAUACCGGGUGCGGGCCAGGGGUACGGUUCAUUGCCAAAACCCUGAGGUAGUGAAAGAGUUAAUGCCUUGCUCUGGGUUGAAAAAAAGAAGAAGGGAACAACAUGACCAAUAAAAAUUUCUCUAAAUUAGUGCAGUAACAUUGUAAAGGAAACAACGUAGGCCUUUAAGGGGUCAGCACAAAAAGCAUUUUACAACUCUCACCAAGUUUUGCAAAGCCUCCACCCCCAGUUUGUUAUUCAAAUUCUAUGUUUAUGUAUUUCUGUCAUAUUUAUCAUGUUAUUAUAUCAAAAUGGUGUAUAUGUAAACAGGUCAUUGUUGAAGGUACAUUAGUUAUGUGGUGUUCUACAAAGGGAGAUAGAAAGGCAUAAAACAUGGAAAUGCAUUUUGACCAAUGUAAUUAAUGCAUAAUUAAUCCUAAAGCAAUUACUAGAACAUUAAAUCUGACCCGGGCAGAUUGCACAUAAGCACCUGCUUUCAUACUACUGAUGAUCACUUCUUUAAAAGCUAUGAAAGAUUAUUUUGCUCUAAGGAGCCAAUUCAAAAUCAUUUUAUCGCCCUUGGUAGAAUGCCAUCUUUUGUUCAUAAAUGACAUUAGGGUAGGGGGUUAUUUCAAGCAUAUUUCUAGCGUUUACUUCUAUCUGUUGCUAUGUAUUAUAAAUAUUUCAUCUGACUUCACCGAAACCAUUUUUAGAUCUGGAUAAUGGUAUAUUAUGGCAUGAACUAACUUAUAUCAUUUUUUUUCUCAGCCUGUGUCAUCUUCAGGAAAUCACUCUGUGCAAAAUGCAAAACAGAUGUUUUCCAUUUACACUCUAGAUAAUCAGUUUUCCAACUUGUGGAGAAUUGGGCAGGUGCUCCAUCUUACAGGGUUGGUCAGCUUUGAAAGGGAGUAAAUGUUGACAAACAAAUUGGUUAGAAAGAAGUCCCGAGUUGUCAACAAAAGCAAGCUGUUUCUAACUGGUAGUAAUGUUGCCAGCUUUGGUUUUCAAUAUUUGAGUAUAUGUGACUGACAGAAAAAUGCUUGCCCGAACAACAGGAUUCUUGGCAAGUUGUAUACCUGAUUCGCUAGGGUGAUUUUACAUAUUUAAAAUCUUUUCAUUCAGAAUUCUGGAAUGAUCAUGCCUUCGUAUGAAAUUGUGAAAUCAUUCCAGACUUGUUAUGUAUAGGUAUUUGAAAUGAAUUCCAUCAAAAUGGAAUCUCCAUGAGAUGUAAUAAAACUUGGUUUGUGCAAUAACAGACAGAA